AUGCCUCCCCCAACUUCAGGUCCGCCAGCCAUGGCGAAACAAGCCACCCCAAAGACGAUGUCUUCUCGUCUGAUGACCAUGAAAUUCAUGCAGCGCGGUGCCGCAGCCGCCGCAGCAGCAGCAGCCACCUCAAACACGCCUACCACCUCGAACUCCCCCGUGAAUACCCCUAGCAACGACGGUCCGACCAAGCGGCGCAAGGUAUCCCACACGCCGUCUACUUCAGGGGCCGGUUCGCCGGCAACGACACCAUUGUUCGACCAACAGGCGAUUAAAGCGGCGUUAGAACAGGAGGAGAAGCGCAACCGGGCGGCUAUCGAGCGGCGUGCGGCCGAACUCGGUGACUCCCACUGGGUGCUAGAGGGCGCGGCGAGUGCGCCGCCGCGGAUUGCCCGGCCGCUGUUGAAUGUGGUGCCUGUUGGAUUUGCGCAGAUUGAUGGCUCGACGGCGGCCACCGCAUCGGGCCAGGAUGUGUACGACGAUGACCCGUUUGAUAUGGGCGGUGUCUCGGCGCGGCCACAGUUUCAGCGGUUCAAUAUGAAGAAAUCCAAGGCACGUCACGAUGCGACCAAGGGAGAUGACGACGAAGGAAAGAGCGAUUCUGAGUCUGGAUCCGGCUCAGAAUCAGGAGAAGCAUCCGACAACGAUCGGUCUCCACGAGCGUCAUCACGAGCAGACACCGGGCGCGGCCGGCAGAGUACCGUAGACCGCUCCGACCGUAAGCGGGCGCGAUCCAGCGUGUCCGGGCGGCGGGAGGAGGAGCGCAGAAAGGCACACCAGCUCGCUGGCAAAAGGCGGAAGAAGGAGAUCAAGCUGAAUCAGCUGUCCUCCAUCUCGUCUGCCGGCUCGCAGGGGUUCCAGCGACCAUCUGCAGUUUUGUCCUGCCACGGGUGUGGAAAGCCAGGGCACAAGGUUGCCGACUGCCCCAACAGAAAGCGCUAA